AUGAAAAUUUUCAUGCCUGCCUGCAAGCAAGUACAGCCUAUGAGCUUCCAAGGCUCUCCUGGCUUGCCCAGCAUCAACAUGGAUCCAUUUUUCCGGCGAAAAGAUAAGGUUAUUUUUGUAAUGGGAGCCACCGGGACUGGCAAGUCCAGGCUUGCCAUAGACCUCGCAACCCUUUACCGCGCUGAGAUUAUAAACUCAGACAAAAUGCAAGUCUACAAGGGCUUGGACAUCGUCACCAACAAAGUCACUGAAGAGGAGUGUAGAGGCAUACCUCAUCACUUGCUUGGAAAAAUCGAUCCAAACUUCAACUUCACAGCCAAUGAUUUCAAGCAGCAUGCAUCCUUGGCUAUCGAAUCGAUCUUGGAGCGCGACAGGCUCCCCAUCAUCGCCGGUGGCUCGAAUUCCUACAUCGAAGCUCUGGUGGACGACCACCCCGAGUUCAGAAUGAAGUACGAGUGUUGCUUUAUAUGGGUAGAUGUGGCGCUGCCAGUGCUCAACUCUUUUGUAUCCGAGAGAGUGGAUCGGAUGGUGAAGGCGGGUUUGGUGGAUGAGGUGAGGAGAAUGUUCGAUUCCACUGCUGAAGCAGAAUAUACGCACGGAAUCCGGAAGGCUAUAGGCAUGCCUGAAAUGGAUCAGUAUUUGCGGGGCGAGGCUUCUGGUAUCAACGAUGAGGAAACGCAAGAGAGGCUUCUUCAAACAGCUAUUUCUAAAAUUAAAGAAAACACUUGCAUUUUGGCACACCGCCAAUUGCAAAAGAUUCGUCGGCUCUGCAGCCGACGAAACUGGAACAUGCAUCGCCUCGACGCCACAGAAGUAUUCUUAAAGCACCGCGUGGAGGCGGAUCAAGCAUGGGAAAAACAUGUGGUAAGACCCGCCACGAGGAUGGUUGGUAACUUCCUUGUAGACCCAAUGCCCACAAUUCUUCCAUCCGACGCUCUUUCCACCGCCACCACCACUACCACCACAACCGUUCUUGCCACAUCUAUGCCCGCCGUGGCCACCGCAACCCGUUAG